UUUGGGCUUUGUUACAUGGGCUGGGAUUUUUACAUGGGUUGGGCCAUCACAUUAUUGUUAUGGGCUUCUAUUUCCCUUCGUCCUUGUGUUUUUCGUCCCCAGUCCCGCACUCUCGUCGUCCCUAGGUCCGCGCCUUUGUCUCGCAUCAUUAUCGUUAUCGCUCGGCUCCAAAUCCUCUUCGAGAUUGAUUUCUAGGGUUUCCUUCGAUCGGAUUCACGUUCUUGGUUCGAUCCUAUGGGGGAAUGGAAGGUGGAAGAGAUGCCCCUCCCCGCGCUCUUCGACCAGGCAAGAAAGAUCCACUCCAUGGCAUCCGAAUCCUCCAUCAAUCAGGAGACAUUGAUGAAGGGAAUCGAGGCCCUGCGCCGCUGUGAUGAGAUGGUAAGCAAGCUGGGAUUGUUUUCCUCGAAUGAGACGAAGGACGAUGUCAGCACUGCUAAUCUGAAAUAUCUCUUGGUUCCAUUUUAUCUUGGAGAAUUGACAGAAAAAGUUGUACAAGAUGACAGGAUACAAGUUCUCAAGAUAUCACAGGACCAGUUGAAGGAGUUCAUUUCAAUUUGUGAGGCAUUAGAGCUUGUACCUAAUGAUGAGUUAGAGACAUUUGGGCAAGAAGGGGCAGAUACUUUUGCAGCUCGACGGGCAAAAAAGAUUGCUCGGUUCAAAUGGCAGAAAGCUGCAGAAGCAAAGCUGCAAGAAAUUAAAGAAAGAAAGGAGAGACGUGGACGGUCAUUGAGGGCAGCAGCUCUGUCCACACCUGUUGAAGCUGGGGAGGAGGAUGAACAAGAUGAUGAUGGAGAAGAAGAAAGAGAGGCAUGGCUAAUUACAAUCUCCUUAGCUCUUUGUAAGGCUUUUGAUCUUCUGGACAUGCUAAAAAAAGAGGAAGAGAUGCUUCUUGCUGUGAAAGAAAAACAAUCAAAGGAGGGGGACAAAGAAUUUAUUCGUGAGAUUCUUGACGAGCGUACAAAAAGAGUUGAAACUUGGCAUCGCAAUGCUGCAAGUCAAGCACCAUUUCUAAAACCUGCAGACCCCAUCACUUGUGCAACUUUUGCUCAGGAUGUUAUUGAAGGGAGAGCAAACAUUUCACAAGCACAUGAACACAAACACCAGCCUCUGAUAUUUGGACCCGCAAGUCUAGUGGGUGGGAGAUUAACAGGUGAGAGGGAAAGAAUGGCAGCACAAGUCUUCCAACUAGGGUACAGGUUUCCCACCAUGAGCAUAGAAGAAGCCGGCUUGCGUGAAAUGGAGAUGAUGAAGAAAUGGCAAGAAAGGAAUGCGAAGCUCAUGGAAGAAGCAAACUCUUCAUGGUACAGGGAUGGUACUAGGUCAGGCACCGAGGAGGAUGAGGAUGCUGCGGUCGAGAAAGCAAGAGCAUGGGAUGAUUGGAAAGAUGACCACCCUCGUGGAGCAGGCAAUAAGAAACUCACCCCAUGUGGGUAAAAGGUUGGUAGAUACACAUCCUUCGUAUCAUAAACUUCACCAUGAACCCAUAGUUGUGUAGAAUUUGAUCUAUGGAUACUUUUUUCCUCGUUUUAUUCCAUCAUGUCGAUAAAGAACAUUCAUUAUGCAUUACAUGUAUUACGCGGAGCAGCAGUAUAUGCCAUAUGUGAUCUGGUGAAAGACUUGGAUUC